AUGUAUCACACUAUUUGCAGUAUGUCACGUUUGAAAUGAUACAUUUUUCUGAAUCGAUGCAACCACACGAAGAUGUGAUUAUUCAACGAUACAUUGACAAAUGUGUCAUGAUUUACGGUGUGUCUCUAUUUACAUUAUAUAUAAGUACCUUAAUAUGCGUCAUUGCAGUACCGUUAGUAAUGGAUCAACCGUUUCCAAUGCCACUUGAAUAUCCAUUCAAUGUGUACGAUCAGCCGCUAAGAACUAUUAUCUACUUACAUCACGUUGUAGUCGGAAUGCAUGUAACAGGGCAAUUAUGUACCAAUUUUUUAAUGGGUCUUUUACUUUGGGUCAUAUCUGCAAGAUUGGAAAUAUUGGCCAAUGAACUGCGGAAAACUACAGAUAUUUACGAUUUGGUCAAAUGUAUUAGAAAGCAUCAGUACUUACUCAAGUGUGCAACUGAAGUUACUUUUGCUGCUCGGCCUUUCGCAUUUACAACUAUAUGUUGUAGUACAAUUUGCACAAUAAUAAUCCUUCUUUUAUUUCUUACCGUAAUUAAACAGACUGAAUCUAUGACAAUGAUAUACCAAUAUAUUGGUUUAAUUAUAUCCUCCUUGUCAGAAGUAUUCAUGUAUACAUGGCCAGCAGAAAAUUUAAUUCACAGAAGCCAAGAUAUCGGACAAACAGCAUUUGAUAUGCCUUGGUACGAUCAAUCAAUUAAAUUACGUAAAUGUCUACAAAUUAUUAUACGAAGAAGUCAAAAGCCAAUAACAGUUUCAAUUCCUUGUGUUAUGCCUGCAUUAUCUCUUAGCUACUUCACAUCGGUGAGAAAUAUUUUGAAUUGAUUGAAUUGAUUAACUAUAUAGCUAUCGUAUAUAUCGAUCGCGCGCCUGUUUUCUAGCUAUCA